UACAUCUCUAUUGCACGUGUAGGAUUUGUUUUGACCGCACGAAUUUGUAUAGCCGCAUACCAUUAAUUCACGUUUUAAUCGCAAGUAUUGAGAGAAACCGCGUCUUGAGAUGAAGUGGACUACUGCAAAUACCAAACAUGUAAACUACACGGCGAAGCACGAACUGUAUGUGGGAACACACACGGGCUCCUUUAAACACCUGGUGCCUGCAUCCGAGAAGACCCCUUAUGGACAAAGCAACCUGAGUGAUCUGUGCGCCCUGGAUAAGGAUUCCCGCGUCACAUCUCUGGCCUUUGGCAACGACGAUCAGACGGAGAUCCUUCUAGGCCGGGCCAAGGACGCCGUGGAGAUUCACUCCUUCACAGAAAAGGGACAUUCUAGGAACACAGUAUCCUUCAAUGCUGCGCCAAUUGUUGGUCUGGCCCGAUACAAUGACAAGCUUAUUGCCGGCAUUGGCAACGGAGAGAUACAGAGCCUGGAGCUAGAGGCGAACGACGAGUCCGAGCCCGUGGUUAUCGCCACGGGUGACCAAAUGGACCACCUGCGCCAGUGCGCCCAAGUCAAAAGCAUUGUAGCAACUGGCGGCAAAGAGCGUCAAAACAAUCUAAAGGUCUACGAUUUAAAUGCCGACGGUAAGCAGAUUUUCACCUCGAAGAAUUUGCCCAACGACUAUCUGCAGCUAGAGGUUCCGGUUUGGGACAGCGAUAUCGGCUUUGUGGAUGGGCCUAGUGUACUGGCCACUUGCUCGCGAACCGGCUAUGUUCGCAUCUAUGACACGCGUAAGCAGCGUCGACCUGUUGCAUGUUUUGCCAGCGAGGAGCACGGGAUGAGUUUUACGACUUUAGUGGCAAAGGGAAACUUUAUUUACACGGGUACCACAAUGGGUGCUCUAAAAGCCUUUGACACUCGACGCAUGAAAACUCAUGUGCAUACGUACAAGGGAUUCACAGGCGGGAUAAGUGACCUUCAUUUAGAUGCCACCGGUCGCUUUCUGAGCUCUGCAAGCCUAGACCGAUACGUUCGUAUCCAUGAUUCCGAAACCACAGUGCUGCUCUACCAAUGCUACGUGAAAUCAAAGGCCACUAAGAUUCUUAUCCGACCGUUUGAAAACGAGGCACGAGUAACAGAAGAACCUGAGGAGGUCGCUGACCUUCAAAUGGAUAGAAACGUGAGUGAAAAUAAGAGCGUCAACGCAACAUCUGUGGACAAUGAAUACGAGGAUAUGUUUGAUCAGAUGCCCACUGUGGGUGACAGCGAUAAUGAGUCCGAGGAAGAGAUGUCUAAUAUUAAGCUUUCAAAGGCCGAUCUAAAAAGAAGAUCGUCGGAAAAGUCUUUAAAAAACAAAAAGAAAAAAGUUGUGAUUAGUUAAAGCGACAUGUAUUUACGUAUAAGAAUAUUAAAGAAAAAAUAGUAUAGAUUUCGGUGGUUUUUAUAUUAAAGAACUAACAAACAUGGCAUCGUAGGUAGACACAGAGCUGUUUUAAAAAAGUUUCGUUGCAUAUUACAUUCUGAACUGACUGUCGAGCAAGGGAACAUGAGGUGCGUGCAAGUACUUAAAAUAAAUUAUAUUGUAAAGAUGGAAGCAACAAACGUCGACUGCGAUUAUAGUGUUUUACCCCCAGCAUAAAAAUGGAUUCGUGGCCUUCCUGUCAUUUUUUCAAUGAAGUGUUGGGUCUGUAAAAACAUUGCAGCUUCUGCAGUCUAAGAUAAGGUGUUGUUUAUUUCCUAUUUCUAAAAACAUAAUUCUCAAAAAUGUUGGCUUUGGGGGACAGUAAUGU